GAACCGGAAUUCUCCAAAUGUGGCCAGCAACAUUUGCCAAGUUCGCAGAGCUGACCGCAAUGGAGAGACAAGAUUUGGAAAGAAUUAUUACUGAUUUUCAGGCAAGAGCUCGUGGAUUUCUGGUAAGGAAAGAGUUGGGCGCGGUGCGCCAGGAUUAUGAAGACGUAGUGAGGGAGAUCGAGGGGGACCUCGGCCACCUGGACUGGAGGGGGGGCAUAAUUGCAAUACCCCUCUUCACGAAAAACGCCUUUGUGUGGCAGAGCAGUAACACUACUUCAGAUGAGAGAUCAGGAGACGCUUGCGGUGUUUCUGAUUUAACACGGCCGCUGGGAGAACCCGGAGAAGGAACGUCGCCGGAACGCCACCAACAAGGCCCGCCGCCUGACUGCGGUCAGGCUGCGAGGGGCAGCGCGUCCCCCCGGCCAGCAGGGGGCGACGCUGAUCAGAGUACAGCUGAACUCCUGGAAGGACGGGAUCCAGGGAGCCGGGCCGGUGAAGAAGCACUUGUGUGGGACAGGGCUGCUGUGGACACUGCCUACAGCUUCCUGCAGAAAGGAUCACCACGGCGAUCCCUGGCUAAGGACAUUCCCAGGAAGCAGGUGGAUCUCUGCCUGCACCGGAACAACCUCUCCAUGGAGCUGCUCUGGCUGCAGCAGGCUAUCAACAGCAGGAAGAAGUAUCUGCUGCUGAAACAGAGACUGGGUGCUGUGGAGUGAUAGAUCAUUCCUGCUGGAAGUGGCUCUGAUAUCUGUGUACAUACUAUCACUUAGUCUGGAUUUAUGUUUGUUCAUCUGCCAAUGAAAGAAACAGGGAAAUAUCUAUUUUUGUAUGUAGAAAUGUAAAAACGAAACUAUAUUUUUUGUCUCAGACAGUUUUGAUUGGUAGCCAUGAAUUAAAAUCGAAUGAAUAAAA